AUGUUUGGACCCGAAGACUGGAGUGCCGGCUAUUUUAUUGUUUUCAGCCUUUUAAAAUUUGUAUUCGAUCUAUCAAUGUACGUAGUUCUCCUUAAAUCGGCUGGUGAUAAUGCUAGUAGCAUCAGUGAUGAUCCUUAUGUACAAAUAUUAAGAAACUCAGGUUUCAGCGUAGACUUACUGGAAACUCUUGAUUUUGAGUAUAACAUAUCAAAUCUAGCGGAAUACAAAAAUUGGAGGAACAAUCAUAGUUGCAUUAUUUUUAGUAGCCCACGUUCCGUGAUCGCUUGUGUUAAAGCUGGGCUAACAGGCAAUGAAAAUGACCUUUGUUUCGUUGUUGGUCCUAGUACUGAGUUACAAGCUAAAAAAGCUGGAUUUUCGCCAAAGGGAGCUGAUUCUGGUGAUGCGGAGAAGCUCGCAAGUUUUAUUUUGAAGCACUUUGCCUCAAAAUUGGAUAAACCUAUAUUUUUUCCAUCUGGGCAAGUACACCGCGACACACUACCGAAAGUUUUGGAAAAUGAAGGAAAAAAAGUAAAUACCGUUGUGGCUUAUUCCUCUGUAGAAAAUACUCAACUUCAUGAAAAACUGCGAUUGAAUUUAUGUGAAGGAAAUCCUAUCCCUGAAUGUUUAGUAUUUUUCAGUCCCUCUGGCGUUUCAUUGACAGAGAAUAUAUUAUUAACCGAAAUUAAACCACAUCGACCGAAUAUUAAAUUGGUUGCUAUGGGACGCGCAACAGCAACAAGAUUAAAAGAAUUAGGUUUGACUGUUUCAGCGGUUGCCUCAUCACCUAAACCGGAAAGUCUACUAACAGCAUUAAAGCAGUUAAAAUGA